CAGCCCGACUCCAUGCCAUCCCUCUCAGCAGCCCGCGCGGCCAAUGCGAGGUUCUCGCCUUCAUACCUCCCCGUCGCAGUCUUCGUCGGCGGUACGUCUGGCAUCGGAAAGGCCAUCGCGCAGGCGUUCGCGCGCCACACACGCGGAAACGCGCGCAUCGUCCUCGUCGGGCGCAGCAAGGCGGCGGCGGACGCGAUCAUCGCGUCCUUCCCGAAACCUGCAUGCAGCCCCGCGAGUUCCUCGACAGCAGAGCCAUCUGCGAACCACGAGUUCGUCGCAUGCGACGUGACGCUGAUGAAGAAUGUCGACGCGGCGACUUCGCUGCUCCGCACGCGCCUGCCCAAGGUCAACUAUCUCGUCAUGUCGCCCGGGAUCUUUAACCUGAAAGGACGGGAUGAGACGGAAGAGGGGAUCGACAGGCGCCUGUCUCUCGAGUACUAUGCGCGGUGGAAGUUCACGCGCGACCUCGCGCCGCUGCUGCAGAGGGCGCGCGACGCGGGAGAGGACGGGAAAGUGGUGACGGUGAAUGCGGCGGGCAGUGGCCAGCCCUUGGACGAGACAGACUUCGGGCUGAAGAAGAGCUACAGCGCGAUGAAGGCGUUCGCACAGCUGCCCACAUAUAAUGAUGCGAUGAUCAUAUCGUUCGCGGAACGACACCCAGACAUCUCGUUCGUGCACGUCCAUCCAGGUCUCGUUCGGACGCCAGUUCUGGCGAGGACCCAUUGGAUCUGGCGCGCUCUGAACCCUCUCGUCACAGUAGCCCUUUAUCCAUUUUCUGUCUCUGAGGAAGAGUCCGGCGAACUUCUCCUGAACGCCCUACUAAAGACCGGAAAAGGCUACUCGCGGCUCAAUGGGGGAGGAGACGACAUAUGCGACAAAGGCCUCAACGUCGGAUCUACAGACGUGCGGAGAGGACUCUGGGAACACACCGAGGAGACUUUGUUAGUG